CCCCUCUAGGCUAGGUCCUGGUAAAUAAGGGGGUGAAGACAGAGAAACUCAGUUCCUACUCCCUGCCCCAGACUGCCACAUUUUGUUGGUGCCUCUGUCUCUUUACCCCACCAGUUGUGACUAUUUAGGUGACUCUCCUUCACCAGACCAGGCUCAGUGCCCAACAUCCAGCCCGGUGGUAAAGGCAAUUGUGGCAGAAAGGAGGGCAAGGCCAUUUCUUGCCUCCGGGGCCCCUGGUGGUGGGGCUCCACGAGGUGGGAGGGGGACAACAGCCUCCAAGAACCUGGCGGGGUAGUCACUCCACCUCGUCGCCCCGCCUCAGUGGGCGUGGCUCUGCUGAGGCACCAGUCAGGGAGGGGGCGUGGCCAGGGCGGGAAUGUGCCCGCCCCUCGGAGGAGUCACGUAGCUCUGCAGCAUCCGCAGCCUCAUUUACAGGACCCUGAGCUACAGCCACAGCUGUUGCCGGCCUGGAUCCGCGCUGUUCCUGUGGCUGCUGCCGCCGCUAGCUCACUGCGCACUUCACUGCACACAGAGCUGUCACCAUGCCUCACUCAUACCCAGCCCUUUCUGCGGAGCAGAAAAAGGAGUUGUCUGACAUUGCCCUCCGGAUUGUGGCCCCAGGCAAAGGCAUUCUGGCCGCAGAUGAGUCUGUUGGCAGCAUGGCCAAGCGGCUGAGCCAGAUUGGAGUGGAGAACACAGAGGAAAACCGCCGGUUAUACCGCCAGGUCCUGUUCAGUGCUGAUGACCGUGUGAAGAAGUGCAUUGGAGGUGUCAUCUUCUUCCAUGAGACACUCUACCAGAAAGAUGAUGAUGGUGUUCCCUUCGUUCGUACCAUUCAGGAUAAAGGCAUUGUCGUGGGCAUCAAGGUGCAGCCACUGGCCCUUGAUGGGGGCCGAACAUGGAAGCAGAUGUGUGUGUGU